CUUGGUCCUCUUCGUUAGCCUCCAGAAAGAAAGACCUAAAAUCCGCAGUCGCAUCUUGUCAACUUCUCCAUGGAGGGAUCCGCCACCAAAGGUCCGGAAUUGUGGUUCGACAUUGGAAAACUCAGGUUCCCCAGAUCCGUCAGAUACGCCAUGAGAUCCGCCACCAAAGAUCUGGAAUUGAGGAAUAGUUAUGCAGACAUUGAAAAAAGCAGGCACAGCAUUGUGAGCAGGAUUUACGUUGAGGGAUACGACACUUCCCUUUCUGGCCAUGAUUUCGUUUACGCUAUGAGAGCACAUUUCGCUUCGUGUGGAGAGGUGAUGCUGGUUUAUAUUCCUGGAUACGUUUGUGGAGGUGGACGCAGUAUUGGCAACAGAUUUGCCUUUGUUUACCUUCGAGGAGAAGGUGCAGAAGAGAGGGCGUUGAAACUCCAUGGAAGUUACAUGGGAGGACACAAGUUAGUCGUUGAGCCUUACCCGUUUCAUGCCACAUACCUUGACCACAAGUUGGCUCCUAUGAGAGAGGCAGACAACAAGCAACAAUACACGUUUUUUGUUGAGGGAUAUGACACUUCGCUUCCCUUGGAUUAUGUCAAGUUCAAGCUGUAUGAACAUUUCUCUAAGUGUGGAAGUAUCAGGUUCAUCAUUAGUGUUACUCAAAAAGAACACGGAGGUCCUCUCUCCAGUUCCGCUAAGACAUCUGUUGAUGGAAUAGACUUAAUAGAGAAGGUGCUGCAACUUGGUAGAUGUGAUGUGAAAAGAUUGGAGAAUAUUUAUAUUACUAGGGUUGCGCCUCCAGAACCAGACGAAGCGUUUUUGCCCUGUAUCCAUCCAGCCCAUCUUUGGACAUGUUCUUCUUCCAAGACUCCUUCGGCAAUGGCUGCUGCUGCUACAGCUCCUGAGGAUCCAAAUCUCCCUGAGCCACCAUGUAUGAGUACUCUUCUCCCUUAUCCAUAUAAUUUGCGCUUUCAGAAUUUAGAUGUCGAGUCCAAGAAACUAUUUUAUGCUUCACAACCUGCGGUAAAACGUUACGCACCUGAGGAUCCAAGUCUACCUGAGCCGUGGAAACGUCUUGAGAGUAGCAAUACGUAUUCGUACUAUUGGAAUACAGAGACUAAUGUUACCCAGUACGAGAGACCUCCUUCUUCUUCUUGAGCUCCUCCCGGGUCUCGCCGUCCAGUCCUACAUGGUUAGCUAUAACGCCAACAGAUACAUGUAUUUGAUUCUUGAUUUCCUAAUAACAAAUUAAAACCUGU